AAAAAAAACUGCAAGUUUUUUGAACUCAUCUCUCAACUAACCUGUAACUGGUUUCUCUGCGCCUGGCACCCACCACCCCUCUCUCUCUCCUGAUCAGGCAGCGUGACGGUGCUCUAACCCAAGAUCUGUGUAGUAACUUUCAAACAAGUGCACGACCACCCUAAUUUUCUCUCUCUUAACACAUCACUUCUCUGAUCCAACCAAUAACAAUGAGUGUCAUCGACAUUCUCACAAGAGUUGAUGCUAUCUGCCACAAAUACGAUAAAUACGACGUCGAUAAACAGCGAGAAUCCAAUGUCGCUGGUGACGACGCCUUCGCUCGUCUCUACUCUUCUGUCGAGUCCGAAAUCCAAUCUGCUCUUCAGAAAGCAGAAUUGGCUGCAAAUGAGACGAAUAGGGCGUCGAUUGUGGCGUUGAAUGCUGAGAUUCGUCGAAUUAAAGGACGAUUACUUGAAGAAGUUCCUAAGUUGCAGCGAUUGGCGCAGAAAAGGGUGAAAGGGCUUUCAAUUGAGGAACUUGGUGCUCGUAAUGAUUUGGUCCUUGCUUUGCCUGAUAGAAUUCAAGCCAUACCAGAUGGAACCCCUACAUCUAAAAAGAAUGGAGGUUGGACAUCUGGGUGGACAUCGUCAGCUACACGCCAGGAGAUCAAAUUUGAUUCAGAUGGAAGAUUUGAUAGUGAGUACUUACAAGAGACCGAACAGUCAAGUCAAUUCAGGCAAGAGUAUGAAAUGAAAAAAAUGAAGCAGGAUCAAGGUCUGGAUAUGAUAGCGGAAGGUUUGGACACUUUGAAAAACAUGGCACAUGAUAUGAAUGAGGAAAUGGACAGGCAAGUUCCUUUGAUGGAUGAGAUUGACACCAAGGUAGACAAGGCAACUUCUGAUCUCAAGAAUACCAAUGUCAGACUCAAAGACACGGUGACACAGCUGAGGUCUAGUCGAAACUUCUGCAUCGAUAUCAUUCUUUUGUGUGUGAUUCUUGGGAUUGCUGCAUAUUUGUACAAUGUGUUGAAGAAGUAAUGGAUAAGAGGGGUUUACUGCCAUUUGACUUCUGCAGUAUUAUCUUGUGCGUUAGUGUUUGAGAGUGUGGGUUAUUGGUGUGCUUCUCACCAUGUCUCUAAUGUAAUUUUGCUUGUGGUUGUAAAAUGAACAUGCCAUGCAUAUCAAUGCUUCGUGUACAUUUGUCCUUGUAUACUACUACUAUAUCACCAUUGUUAAUGUUCCUAAAUAUCAUUUUAUUGAAGUUAAAUAUGGUUUCUCUUCUCA